AUGGCGUCUGAUAGGGAUGCCAGUGAGAGCACCCCUCUUUUGGACUCUGGAAGUGGACCCUCACCUCCCUCAGUCUUUAAAGGAAGAAGACUGGCCUGUGCGGCCAUCCUGCUGGCUGAGUCUUUAGAACGGAUCGCUUUCUAUGGCAUCACAUCCAAUCUGGUUCUUUUUCUCAAUAGUAGUCCUUUUUUUUGGGAGGGCACACAGGCGAGUCAGGCAUCCCUUGUGUUUAUGGGGGUUACCUACCUGAUUUCACCAUUUGCAGGCUGGCUGGCAGAUGCAUACCUUGGAAAAUUCUUGACCAUUUUAUUAAGUUUAUUCCUGUAUAUUAUUGGCAUGGUUUUUUUCCCCUUCCUUUCAAAUGAGAAAACAAUGAAUGGCUUAUGCGGAGCUUUGCCAUCCUUUAGUGUGCUGCCUGCAGAAUGUCUGCAAAAUGAAGCCCCUCCAAAAAACGUAACCUGCUUGCCUCGAGAGCCAUUUUGUGGUCCAGUGGUCUACAGUGGACUUUUUUUAAUUGCGUUAGGUGUUGGUACUGUGAAGUCCAACAUCACCCCAUUUGGAGCGGAUCAGGUCAAAGACAGAGGACCGGAGGCCACACGCAGGUUCUUCAACUGGUUCUACUGGUGCAUCAAUUUGGGGGCCAUCCUGUCUCUGGGAGUCGUGGCCUACAUUCAGCAGAACGUCAAGUUUGAAGUCGGCUACAUCAUUCCCACCGUGUGCCUCGGGGUCUCCCUCAUCAUCUUCUUUCUGGGACGUACAGUCUUCAUCAACAAGCCGGCUGACGGCAGCGCCUUCACAGACAUGUUUAAGAUCCUGGGCUUCGCCUGCUGUUCGCCGAAGCCGAAGGAGCCGAGCCUGCUCCGCAACAAACCAACACUGCUUGACAGUGCCAAAGUGACCUAUGGAGGUAAAUUCCCAGAAGAAAAAGUAGAGGAAGUGAAAUCACUGGUCAAAGUACUUCCAGUUUUCUUCGCCCUAAUUCCUUACUGGACUGUGUACUUUCAGAUGCAGACUACGUACGUCCUGCAGAGCCUCCAUCUGAGGAUUCCUAACCUUCCAAACAACAUUUCGGACUCCAAUAAGCUGACAUUCCGCUUCCCGGCUGCCUGGCUCACCAUGUUUGACGCAGUGCUCAUCCUCAUGCUGAUUCCACUUAAAGACAAAGUGGUGGACCCCAUCUUGAAGCGCCGCGGCCUGCUGCCCUCCUCUCUGAAGAGGAUCGCAGUGGGGAUGUUCUUUGUUAUGUGGUCGGCCGUGGCAGCGGGUAUUUUGGAGACCAAACGGCUGGAGAUUGUCAAUUCAGGCCCAAACGGUACUGUUGACCAGGCGCUUGGCAACGUCAUCUACCACGCUGCAGAUUUACCCAUAUGGUGGCAAGUGCCUCAGUACGUGCUGAUAGGGAUCAGCGAAAUCUUUGCCAGCAUUGCAGGUCUGGAGUUUGCCUAUUCUGCUGCCCCAAAAUCCAUGCAGAGCGCCAUCAUGGGGCUCUUCUUCUUCUUCUCUGGUAUUGGCUCCUUUGUGGGCUACGGUUUGCUGGCGAUCGUCUCCCUCAAUGAUGGAUGGAUGUCAUGCCAUAAGGACUUUGGUAAUAUCAAUCACUGCCAGCUGAACUACUACUUCUUCCUCCUGGCGGGGAUCCAGGGCGUCACCUUGCUGGUCUUCCUCAUUGUUUCUGUCAAGUACGACAAGCAGAGGGGCCGAGCGGGGAGCCACCGGCAGAGAGGCGCCUCCUCUUGACCUCCGGCACGUCCCGGCAGCCCCUCCCCCGCCUCCUCCCCGCCGCGCCGCCCGUUUCCCAAAGACCCUGUGAAAUUUGCCCUCUGACCCGUGAUACUGUCGUGAAAGUAUUCUUUAUUUACGUCGUUUUUUUGCUUUUAAGCGGAGGCUUCCCGUCACUUCCUGUAACGAGGAUGCUUUGACGUGACAGGGUGAAUCUGCUGUGUGUGUGUGUGUGUGUGUGUUUACACCUGCUGCCUUUCCUCCAUCGUUUGCACUCAUCUUGAGAAAUGGUGCCAUAUAAUGUGACAGCUCUCUAAUCACUAUGAGAUUUAAUGCGAUUUUUACUUCAUGUUUUCUAACAAAGGCUUAUUUUUUGGACCUGUUGCAGAAAAUGGGAUAUUUUUUUUUUGCAUUGCAUGUACUUUAAUGUCAGCAGUAUUUCGUCGAUCGAUGCAUUAGCACAGCGGCGGUCGGACUGAAUGUGGUUUUUUUCCACGCCGCUGCCGCCGAUUCCUGGAGAAAACUGGUGAACAUUGAUGGGCAGAGCGGCAUUUCUGUUUGAGGAGAAUUCAAAUGAACACACUCGGCCGUGUGUUUGACUGAUCUAAUACUCAAAACUAAUAUUGAAAGAGGGAAGAAAAAAAAAAAGUUUUUUUUCCCACUCUGCCUGUGGUUACAGCACACACUGGAAAGCCACGUAAAAUCCACCACAGAAAAUCAGUGUGAAUCCUCAGAUCGCACCACAUGACAGCCCCCCCGUGUUACAGAUACUCCACGACUCCCGAGAAGCUUCACAGCAAAUAUUAAUUUCUGGUCAAGUUGCUAAAAAUUGUCAUGAAAAUGAGGCUGAGGGAGCAGCUGCUGAAGAAGCGCGGCAUUAUCGCUUGGAUCCAGAUGAAAAGGAGUUAAUACAUAGAAAUUUAAAUGUAGCACAUUCACACUCACAUUUUGUAUGUAUGUGAAAACUGGAAGAAAAAAACAAAUCACAACUUUCUCAGUAUUUGCUCUUGAAACUAACUCUUUGCCUCCCCGUGUUAUCAUGACUUUGCAGCCUUGCUAGAAAAUCUUUUAAAGAAAAGAGGCUUGUGUUUUUGUUAUUGUAUUUAUAAGGCUGUGAUGCAUUUGGUUUUAGUGUUUCUUCAGUCCUCAGAGUACAAGGUACUGACUUUUAUUAAAAAAAAAAAAAAAAAAAGAAGAAGAAACCUCUCAGGGCUCGAAGGAAGAGGAGGAAGUGACAUAAAUUUCCAGGAAAUUUAAAACUGCCUUGAGGAGCGCACGGCGGCGUUUAUCGUCAGGUGUAAAUAAAGUUACAUUUGUAACAGCACAUAAAGAGCCAGCAUCUAUCUCGAUGAUAUGAAAAAAAAGCCUGAUGGAGUGAUUUACGUCCGUGUUUUAUUUGAUCGGAUAACAAUAAAUGUGUGUUUUAAUGUUUUUAUUGCAUAUUUUAUAUCUGCUUGCUUUGUAAUGGCAGUCAUUUUUAAAAAGAUUUAUAAUCUUUAUUUUGAGAUUAUCUUCUGUUUCAAACAUGUUAUUGUUUUGUGGUUCUGUUGAUGCCUAUUAAAGUGUAUUACAGUGA